GCCUGCAUUUAUCGAAAGUCGUUUUAGGGCAUGAUCUCAAGGCUGCUGUUCACACUAUUAUAAAUUAAUAGUAUUAUGGUAUUUUUGACCACGUGACAUUUAUUCCGAGAAUUAGAAAACGAAGUUGGCUGGGACUUUUCCCUUGGGUGACCGCAUGAUCAGUGGGAGUUAUCCCUUUCUCGGAAAGACGAGAAACGGGCACGUUACAUAGCAAUGAUAUUUUACGCUUCACUGAGAAUAUUGACCGAACUACGAUUUCGUCUUUGGCCCACAGAACUUCAGGUAACCAAAAAAACGUAUUUGUACAACGUAAAGUUUUAAAAUUUAAGUAUUUAAAAAACGCUAAAAGACUGAAUAGACUGCGCUCAUUUCUGUUCAGUCUCCUUUACAAGCGAAAGUUUAAUUGUAAACGUAUAAUAAAGAGCGUUAGUUUAGUCUUAAUUAUUUUUUGGUUAAUGCCGUUUAAAAACUAGAAUCAUUGCUGACGAGGCCGUUCGACAGACGAACAGCACGAACCAAGUUUGAUUGCAGUAACACAUUCUAGACCAGUGUGUCUAGACGAAAGAUUGCUUUCCAGCGCCCGAGUAGAAUUCGUAAUCAGAAGCGCAGAGCUUUAAUUUAUGGUCUACUUUAACGGCGUUGCGUUGUUUUGUACGACGCCGUCGCUUAUACAUCUUGAGACCUUUGGAGUCGCAAGUAGAGGCUGAAUAACUAAACCAAUCACAAUUUGAGUAAAAGAGCAUGGUGAUUGGUUUAUCCUUCCGCUUCUACUUCUGACUCCGAUAGUCUAGUUUUCACUAGAUCGUGAGUUAUAGUUAUAAGCAGAGUCAGGAGGAAACUAAUGAUUCCAAUCUUGUGUCUGUGGUUUUUGAUUUUCAAUGGGCCGUAAGGAGUCUUAAUACUCUGACUCUGACUCCGAUUGCGACUCCAUUGCUUGGGAAAAUAAGCGUUAGGCCUAGUUCUUGCGUCGUGCUUUGAAUUUUAUAAUCGUUAUACUACAACAACAGAAGCAUAAAGGAAGCAUGACUUUAACUGAGACAUUGUGCCAGAGUGGAACUUAUUAUUGUGUACUUAGAAUCAAGUCGUCGAUAACUGAAACAAAAAACAUACGUUUCUGACAUACAUGAAGUUUGAAACAAAUUAAGCAUGAGGAUUAAACCAGCUGUCAUCUGGAGUUUUGUAGCACCAGCAUGCAAAGAAAGUGUGGUGUCAGAUGCCCGAGGCUAGUGGAUUUUGCUACCGGGCUAGUGAAUUCUGUUAUUAACUUGCCCAAUGGGGAAGUGAAGGGUUUUUAGGAAUUCAAGUUACAGAAGAACUGUGAAAUUAAUCUGCUCAUCAAAACGUUUUAGGGGCUAGUUGAAAUGAUGUUUGAGCUAGUAAAUGUUAGCUUCAGCUUACCCGAAUGGCAAGCUGUAGCAAUGACUUUCUUUGCACCCUGAGCACAGCAGUGCUUGCCAAACUUAAUGCUCUACUGAACAUAAUUUCAGGGCUCUCAGCAGGAUUUGAAGUAUAGCCAUCUGCCAAGCCUUUAAUAGGCAGUUGUGACAAACAGAGGGUCCGUAAACUAGAGAGGGAAAGGCAGCAAAUAGAAUGCAAAGUAAGCAGCUACAAAUUCCAAAGUAGGCGGCGAUUAAUCUCCAGGUGCCGCCUUCUAUUGAGGACCCUGUAAUUUAGACAAACUCUGAUUCAGACAUUGUGCUUCUGUCUGCUUUGUCGAACUUAAUUCAAGAAUUACAUUCAGCAUAGCAGUAGCGUUACAUAUAUAGCUUUGCAUUGCCUUAAUGGCUUGCGUCAUUUUCUUGCAAUUGUGGACAUGUGUAAGUUAAUUGCAAGUAACUCGUUGGUAUAGCAGUUGUGUUUCAUAAAAGUGAUGAUUUACAUUUUGUAUUAUCACCCAAGGUGAAGCCAGGUCAAGCGCACCGCUAUUAAUGAAUUAAUUAUUUGAAGAACUAAUCCGUUAGUAGUUGCUCUAGCUAUAGUCAAAUUCAAAUCUGUUUUCCUGCUUGUGUAAUAUGUAGUGAAUGUUUCACAACAAUGUGUCAAUAUUCGGUCAGAUUGGAAAAUCUUUGUAUGGAUAAAAUUAUUAUGAAUAACAGUAUCCACUAUGAAAACAGUUACCGGUUAUGUCAAAUUUAAGAAAUUUGUAGUGACAACAAUCUCAACUACCUCGUGUGUUAAUGCUCAUGAAGUGUGGAGAAAGUUAGAGAUGAAUCUGAACUCUACAACUACUAAAGGCUGGUUUUCACUAUCAACAGAGUCAGAGUUGGAGUCGUAAUCAGAAGCGUAGAGCUUAUGAUUUAGUGAAAACAGCGUUCCAAUAUUUAUUCCACUUACGACUUCAUGGCUUACGUUCCGCUUAUGAUCUUGUGAAAACCACAUUGUCGGAGUCGGAAGCCGAAGCAGAAGGUUAAAUUAAUCACAAAGCAUGUUCCCACACUUUGUGAUUGGUUUAGUUUUUCCGCUUCUGGUUCCAACUCCAACAAUCUGGUUUUCACUAAAUCAUAAGUGAAACAUGAGUGACGGAGUCGAAGUAUAAGACAAGCAUGAUUUUAACUGAGACGUUGUGCCAGAGUGGAACUUAUUAUUGUGUACUUAGUAUCAAGUCGGCGAUAAUGGAAACAAAAAUCAUACGUUUCUGAAAUUUAUGAAGUUUGAAACAAAUUAAGCAUGAGGAUUAAAUUACCGCCACCUGGAGUUUUGUAGCACAGCAGGGCUUGUCAAACGUAAUGCUCUACUGAACAUAAUUUCAGGGUUCUCAUUAGGAUUUGAAUUAUAGGCAUCUGCGAAGCCUCAAAUAGGCAGUUCUGACAAACAGAGGGCCUGUAAACUGGAGAGGGAAAGGCAGCAAAUAGAAUGCAAAGUAGGCAGCUACAAAUUCCAAAGUAGGCGGCGAUCAAUCUCUGGGUGCCGCCUUCUAUUGAGAACCCUGUAAUUUAGAAAAACUCUGAUUCAGACAUCGUGCUUCUGUCUGCUUUGCCGAACUUAAUUCAAGAAUAAUUACAUUCAGCAUAGCAGUAGCGUUACGUAUAUAGCUUUGCAUUGCCUUAAUGGCUUGCGUCAUUUUCUUGCAAUUGUGGACAUGUGUAAGUUAAUUGCAAGUAACUCGUUGGUAUAGCAGUUGUGUUUCAUAAAAGUGAUGAUUUAUGUAUUAUCACCCAACGUGAAGCUAGGUCAAGCGCACCGCCAUUAAUGAAUUAAUUAUUUGAAGAACGAAUCCGUUAGUAGUUGCUCUAGCUAUAGUCAAAUUCAAAUCUGUUUUCCUGCAUGUGUAAUGUGUAGCGAAUGUUUCACAACAACGUGUCAAUAUUCGGUCAGAUUGGAAAAUAUUUGUAUGGAUAAAAUUGUUAUGAAUAAUAGGUUCCACUAUGAAAACAGUUAUAUCAAAUUUAAGAAAUUUGUAGUGACAACAAUCUCAACUACCUCGUGUGUUAAUUCACAGCUCAUGAAGUGUGGAGAAAGUUAGAGAUGAAUCUGAACUCUACAACUACUAAAGGCACAUUUUCACUAGCGACGGAGUCAGAGUCGGAGUCAUAAUCAGAAGCGUAGAACUUAUGAUUUAGUGAAAACAGCGUUCCAAUUCUUCUUACGACUCCUCCACUUACGUUCCGCUUAUGAUCUAGUGAAAACCAGAUUUGACAGAGUCGGAAGCAGAAGCAGAAGGAUAAAUCAAUCACAAUGCAUGUUCCUACACUUUGUGAUUGGUUUAGUUUUUCCCGCUUCUGCUUCCGACUGCGACAAUCUGGUUUUCACUAAAUCAUAAGCGGAACGUAUGUGACGGAGUCGUAAGUGGAGGAGAAGCAUAAGAGAAGCAUGAUUUUAACUGACACGUGGUGCUAGAGUGGAACUUAUUAUUGUGUACUUAGUAUCAAGUCGGCGAUAAUUGAAACAAAAAACAUGCGUUUCUGAAAUUUAUGAAGUUUCAAAGGAAUUAAGCAUGAGGAUUAAAUUACUGCCACCUGGAGUUUUGUAGCACAGCAGUGCUUGUCGAACUUAAUGCUCUACUGAACAUAAUUUCAGUGGGUUUUCAGUACAUGGAUUUGAAUAAUUGUAGGUAUCUGUCCAGCUUAAGGAGGUAGUUGUGACAAACAGAGGGCCUGUAAACUGGAGAGGGAAAGGCAACAAAUAGAAUGCAAAGUAAGCAGCUACAAAUUCCAAAGUAGGCGGCGAUCAAUCUCAGGGUGCCGCCUUCUAUUGAGGACCCUGUAAUUUAGACAAACUCUGAUACAGAGUGCAUACGUAAUGAGUAGCGAAUGUUUCAUGACAACAUGUCAAUAUUCGGUCAGAUUGCAAAAUCUUUGUAUGGAUAAAAUAUUGUUAAAAAUAAUAGGCUCCAGUAUGAAAACAGUUAUAUCAAAUUUAAGAAAUUUGUAGAGGGUAAUAUCUCAACUACCUUGUGUGUUAAUUCACAGCUCAUUAAGCAGGCAGAAAUUCAGAGAUGAAUCUGAACUCUACAACUACUAUAGGGUGGUUUUCACCAGCGACGGAGUCAGAGUCGGAGUUGUAAUCAGAAGGGUAGAGCUUAUGAUUUAGUGAAAACAGCGUUCCAAUUCUGCUUACGGCUCCAUUGCUUACAUUCCGCUUAUGACCUAGUGAAAACCAGGUUGUCGGAGUCGGAAGCAGAAGCAGAAGCAGAAGGAUAAACCAAUCACAAUGCAUGUUCCCAUGCUUUGUGAUUGGUUUAGUUUUUCGGCUUCUGCUUCCGACUCCAACAAUCUGGUUUUCACAAGAUCGUAAGCGUAACGUAAGUGACGGAGUUGUAAGCAGAGUCGGAAGAAAUGGAAAUGUUCUGAUUCUUCUGACCCGGAUUCUGUCGCGCUUAUGACUCCGCUUACGACUCCGACUCUGAUUCUGUCGCUAGUGAAAACCAGCCUUAAUAAAUUCAAUUUUCAAUUAAUCAUUUCAUCAGUAUAAUCUUGGGGGGCAUUCUUCACCUGGCUUGACUGUAAAAAACAAGAAAUUUACUGAAUAUCUGUUACUUGUGUUCCUCUUUUUUACAAUGCAAUAUUAUUUUUAUAAACAGUUACAGGACUCUAAUCUGUCAUGCUAUUAACUGGGGUGAAAGACUAAAAAUAGUCUGCCAUAAUCUUCUAAUUAAGUUGUUCUUUGCACUGCAGUACUUUAAUCUGGUAUAGGAAGCUUAAGCAGUUCUGGCAGGAGAAACAAUGACAGCAUCUAAAGCUGAACAUAAGCUUUUGUCCACUCUUUUACUCUUGUAAUGGAAAGUUUGAUCCAAAACGUAAGAUUUUAAGUAAAGUUGGUCAUUACUGGCAAUCUUGAAGAAAACAAAAAGAAAAGAAAUAUACAGCCAGAUCAAGAACUUUUCUAAAAUAACUUGCUGAUUUACUUCUUUAUCUUUAGAUUUGUUUGUUAUGUUAACAACUUAGUUAACUGUUGACAGUGAUUUUGUCAGCAGUUGUACAUGGGUGUGUUGUAGGGAGAAUCCAUUGUGAUGAUAAAUAAGUAUUCAAACUAGUUUGAUUCAGAAUUUCCUUGUUUCCUAGCCCAGAAUAUUCCAAGGAAAUUCUGGUUUAAUCUGUGAAUAGAUUUUUCCAACCACUCAUGUUCUACCCUGUCUUAAGGAUGGAGUCCUGUUUCUUGUUUGUUAAUGUUGUCCACUUCCUUGACCAAUACAAUACUAAACCUUAAGAAACUAACCCUAAUCAAACCCAUAGUCAUGGGUAGUCCCCUUUGUGGAUAAUCAAUUUAGAUCUAGAGCUCAAAGACACAUAUCGGUUAUUGCUCAAGUGUUCAAACAUUACAAUUUUUCAAUAAGCUUUAUUAUUUUAAUGGUGUAGUUUUGUUUUCUCCAUUGAUUGAUACCUGUUAUAAUGCUAACCCACUGAAGUAGAAUUCAUCCUUUAACCGCAAGUUUAUACUUCACUGAUUUAAGUCUAUAAUUCAGUAAAUUAUAUGUAUAUUUUAUGGCAAAUACUUUUACAUAUUUGAACAAGGAAGUAAAGAUGAUAUGUGAUUCCAAAAGUGACACAUCUGCAACUAGACAGAAUUGUGCUGCAACACUGAGAUGUUUAAGCAUUGUGGGUAAAGUGAUUGUAUGCUUAAUGAUUCUUAUAGAUUCUAAUCAAAAUAAUCCCCUACCUUGAUAGAAUGUGAAGGAAAUUUCACAUAACUUAACAGCACCAUAUAUCAUAAGGGUUACCGUUUCAAGCAAUAUUCAAUGAUGAUUUAGUCAAAUACUUGUAACACAAAUAGCAAAGGCAAAGAUUGAAACUUCAUGUACGCUGAUUGAGAAGUUAAGAAUCGUGAGUUUGCAGAGGAGGAGUUGCUGACUAAGCUGGAAAGGAUGCCUUCAGGGAAGUUAGGAAUUAAGUAGAAAAUUUAACCCUUUAAACCCUAAGAUUAAAAAUUACUCAUUUGUUUAUUCAUUUGUUAGUGGGCCUGUUUGCAAAUUCAGAAUGGAAUAAACUCUGUUUUCAUUCUUUGAGAAAUUUUGCUGAUCACUCUUAGGGCUUAAAGGGAAAUAAUAUUUUGUUAUGAGCCAGAAUGGAAUAAACGUUUCAUCCUUUAAAUUCACGAAAUAAUAAUAUUUUCACAUACACUGACUAAUUUAGUGUUUGUUUUUAUUUUAAUGUACUGUUAGAAGAGUAUUAAGUCUUCAUUCCAUUUUAUUCUAUCUAUUAUUAUUGAUAUGGUACUGUAAAUCAUUCUGAUAAAUUCUUUUCUCUUUUACUGUGUGUAUUGUAUCCAAUUAUUUUGUUUAAACGUUAUUGUAUAAAACAACCUUAGUUAUUCUGUAAAUAUUUUGUGUGAGUUGAAUAAAAAUUGUCUUGACUUUUCUUAUUUGAAUUAUUAUGCAGGUGGGAACAGAAUCAAAUAUGAUUUGAAAAGACAUGUAAAAGGCAGCAGUCUAUUAACCAAAGAUGGCAGAUGAUAGUUAUUCAAGACAAAGAAUUCCUUUACCAAGAAGUAACUUCACUGGCAGAGUUAUUGAGUCAGUUGAAUUACAACAAAAUGUAUCAUCAUCUGGUCCUGGUACACCCAAUGUAUACUCAUGGGGUGCACCACCUCGUUAUGUUCAAGGACCACCCGCUACCGAAUCAAGACCUCAAGUUACGGGUUAUAGUACCUAUGAAGUCAUGUCACCAAUGCAAAGUAAGUGUCAUCCAAGGCUAAAAAAUGUGCUGUCCAAUCAUCCAGGACAUGUAAAUUUUCUAGCUGGGCAAGUAACUUUUCAUUCUCACUAGCUCAGUGUGUGAGGGCUGUCCAAGUCAUCUUCUAACUGAAUCAAAAACUAACAUCUGUCAGGGCUCAAAAAAAGUCUCAUCUGGUAUUCUGGAACAAGUAGAUUUUCUUGCUGGGCAAGUAACUUUUAAAGCUUACCUGUCCAAUAGGCAAGGCUCCAAGCAAGUCAUCCUCUAACAGGCAGUGGCUCUAGGCAGGCAAAAUGUAAGAGCUAAUCUUGCCCAAAGAAUAUGCCAGAAUUUAAGUUUUUUUCAAGCCCUGUCUAUGUUCAGCCUAGGCAAAAAAUAAUAAUCUGAGGAUGCCUUGUCUGAAGGACAAUGUGGAAUUUAAGUUCUUUCAGCUCUGUGUAAAUGACGGAGUGUUUUACUUCUGGGUUGAUUAAAUUCAUAAUCAAUUGCUAACAGUCAAUGCUGAGUAUGGUACAUCAGAAAUUCUUCCAUUAGACUACUGCAUUCCUUCUUGCCUAAUCUUUCCAUAAACUUAGUGAUAUUAUGCUCUGGGCAUGGGAGGCAAUAUUGGCUUGCUUCCAUCACAAGUUCAAUUUUGAUCCAUUUUUGUUCUCUUUGAAAUGUAUUAAGGAGUCCCAUCAUAGCUUGUUGCUGUCAUUUGUUUUUCUUCGUGAAUUUCCAGGUUUGCAUGGGUGACUUUUCUAUGCACCCAAUUAAAAGAAGGAUUGUGUAAGGGAAUAGAAAAGCCCUAGUAACUGUUCUGCAGAUGGUAGCAAUGAUGUAGAAGCAAAGUGGGCUAAUUCUUUUGUUAAUCCAGAAGUUUCAUUAAAAUUAAUAUCCUGUUCUUUAUUUACUUGUGUUCUCAUUCAGAAAUGUUCCUAUUUGUUGUGAUUUUUCAAAAGCCCUUGAAAUAGAAAGUUAGCCUUGAGCCAGUUAUAAAUACUCAAAAAUAAUUAUACCUCUGGGUCCCUUCUGCAUCAGUAAGAAGUUGGAAGCGUUAAUUGUUAUGUUUAAUCCGAUUUAAUUAAAUCUGCGUGCUCUGCUGCAUUGAUUCCUUUAUAAAAACUGUUUAUGAAUUUCAUGCUUGACUGGUUGAACUUCCCAUGUUUUGAUUCUUUUGUUUGAACCAACGGAUGUUAUGGUUCAGACUGCCAUUGACUUGAGCCUUCUAGUGAAGAAUUACAAAUGGAUUAAGGCUGACCGCUGUAAAGUGAGCCCUAUGGCAAAUUCUGUAACUCUUUUACAACCUUGUUUUAAGGCCAAAAUAAAAAUUUUGAUCUUAUUGCACCUUUUUUUGCGGUGCAUGCUCUUCAAUCAUAAAAUUAUUGUAAACAAAUUUACUCCAGUUAUCUCUGUGUUACCCGGUGAUUUUGUUACCCCUGCAUCCUACUUCUUUGACUCAUAAAAAUCCCCAAAGAUGAACAAUAAUUCAUGGCAUGCAUCCUGUAGGACACAAAGAUAAGUUGAUCGAUCUGAAGAUGAGUUUUUGUAGAAUAUCCAGAUCGUGUGAUUUCUGUGGCAGUUUGUAUUAUGACCUUUGUUGUGCUUUAACCCUGUAAGUCUCAAUAGUGACCAACAUCAAUUUUCUCCCAAUGAUGUCCGUACAUUGUCAAGAGACUAGGUUAUGAGAAUUAAUGAAAUGAUCAGUUAAGAGAAAAUGCUUUGAUCUUUUGUCAAAUUCUCUCAACUCAUUCUUUAAGGGAACAUAUAGAGAUCAGUUUGGAGAAUUUGUAUGUGGAUAUUGAGGCUUAAAGGGUUAAAAUAGAAGGAGUAUAUUUUAUUUUCAGUAUUCUGUAAUACAGAGUUUUGGAGUCGUCUUCAGAUCAACUGUCUGAUUACAUAAAGGCCCAAGUAUUUUCAAUUUAGGACCCGUUGUUUUUUAAACAGGGACUCAUUGGUUUUGGACUGGGACUCAUGACUUUUCAAAAGAUCAGUCCCAGGACUUACCAUAACUAUUUGUACAAAAUCACUGGGUACCUUGAAAACAACCUGGCUAGUAUGAUCUCUGAGAUGCCACAGAAGGUAUUAUACAGGACUACUGUUGCACCUGACUCAUAAAGAGAAAAUUUCUUUUAUCACAGGAUCACAAGAGCAGGAAAGUCAAAGCAAUGAACCUGCAGUGUUUCUCAGGGUAAUAAAGCGAAAUACUCCUAAUUUGGCAAGGUUACAAGGAUUAACUGAGGAAGAAAGAGAAACUCAAUUGCAAGAAAGUAGAACAGCCUUUGAGGAAGAAUAUGUUACAAUGACGGAUCCUACACUUCAGAGAUUGCUGGCAUUGUGUGCUCCGUUAUUAAAUGUAGAUGUGAAUCUUGAGAGGAAAUACAAACACCUUGACAUCUGGAGAGUGUUCGAAGCAAACAAUGUAAGCAAAAUUGUGCAUAAAGAUAUACAGUGUUGUGCCAUUAAUUAUGUAUGGUAAGGGAACUGCUUAUGUGCUUAUGCAUGUUAAUGUCAGACGAACAAAUUUGGAAUUGUAAAUUUGCAAAGUUUUGCGUAAAUGAAUUCCCACAGCAGUGGAGUUGAAAAGAUUACCCAUGCACAAAUAGUGAAAAUGCAGAGAAUAUUGUUCGCAAAUGAAGCUUAGUGAGGUUACAUUUUCCCAUACUAAGACCCUGAGUUAUAGGGUGACUGUACUGUUUUGCUGUUUUUGGUCUGUCAGUUGUCAUGUCAUGACCUGGUUGCGACUUUAUUGAGGCCUGGUGUCAUUUGUUUCUCUUCAGAAAAUAACUGGCAAAUAUAGGAAUACUGUUUGUUCGACUGGGGACAGGAGUACUUGGCAAUUUUGAUGUUUUGGGGAACAUAAUAAUUAUGCUCAUAAUUAUUAUGAAAUUAUUUUUGGAAACGAGGAAAGAUGAGUCUCCCACCCACCCCUCCCUCCCCCCAACAUUGGAAGAUCUUAUUACAUGUAACUCUAAAACAAAAUCAUAUCUUUGGGAGAAUCAAAUAAUUAAGCGACUUAAAUUGUUUUCAGCAACUUGUAUUGUUUCAUCAUAUUUAGGUACCUCAAGUUUUAAUCAUGUUUGUAUUAAUUUUAGGAAAAACCUAGGUUCCUUCACCUUACCCAAGGACUGGGUAUCUUGGAAAAAUAUGCCUCCAAUCUUAUGAAAGAAGCUCGCCCUCCUUACUGGAGAACUGUCAAAUUUACAAGCUCUCUUGUCCAAAUACAUGUUGGGAGCUUGAUAGGCAGCCGAGACAUUUUGUCACAAAUGGGAUACACUCAGGACAUUGAUGAUGGCGUUUCUUUUCCUCUAAAUGUAACUGAGCCUGAUGUACAAAAACUUCGAGAACUGGCACCAGACUUGUUCUUUGCUAGGUAUGAAAUCGAUGCGUUACUCGUAAAUAGUCAUCCAUAUUACGAAAUUGCGCCUCCUGUUCCUGAGAGUGAAGUACAACUUCCUACCCUUUUGCGGACAACAUUCCCACCAUCAAGGCCACGGCGUUUUCCACCAAGGACUUCAUCUACUCCAUUGUCUGUGCCACAACAGGCUACCGCGGUGACUGCAGGAUCAACAACAACUGUAGUUACAAGUCCUACGAGGACAGUUUUACCUUAUAUCCAGGGUAACCAGCCUCAACAACGAACACCAUCCCCUAUACCAGCAGCAAGGAGACAGCGAGGCAAUCUGUCAGACAGAAAGGUAGCAUAUGAGUCUUGUAUUUGGCCUGUUAAUGGUGUGCAUCUUUUUACUCUCAGUAUAACAUACUAUGUAUGGCAUAAUAUACUUAACAGACCAUUGCAGUGAUGAUUGUAAUCCAACCAGCCUCAUAUAUAGCUACAUUGUGCAACUAAAAACCUGCAACACCUGUAACAGGUAACGGAAAAAAGCCAGCGUGGAAGUCAAGAAUGUUAACUUUGUCGCAAUUAAGAGCACUUCUGAAAUACUUUUCAGUGAUAAGAAUAAUACAAGGUAUGAGAAUGAUGUUUUUUCAGUCAGUGACACAGGUUGCUCCCAACUGAAGUCCAGCCUCUGACCUCCUGGCUACUAGUCCAGAUGCUUUACCACUGAGCUACAGGUGACUCGGGAAAGUACAACUGCUAAACUAGGUUCAUCUGACAAACAUCCUGCAUAAAUACUAGUAGGAUUGGAAUGUUGAUAUGUGUUAGUGUACAAUGAUAGAGAUAUGAGGGUAAAUUUUGAGCCUGGGCCUGGUUCCUGAAAGGCCGAUUGCUUGAAAUUGUGUUCCGUUUUUGUAUUUUACCUUCCUAUGCAUUGCUUGGAGUUACAUUUUGUGUUGUCAUUACUAUAUACCACAGUAAAGGCUGAACAGUAUUUUGCAAGCUCGAGUUGCAUGUUCCUAGACAAGAAAACCUUGCUUAAAAUUUGGCGUUAUCCUCAGUUAAGCUUAACCAUCUUUUGAGGAACCAGGCCCUGGUGAAUACAUGUCAGCCACUGACCCAGGCACUGUAAAAUUUUUGGCAUAUAUUUUGCCAUGUGUUACUGUCAUUUCUUUUGGGAGGGAAAAGAAUCUUUAACUUUUGAAUGGUCAAAGGCAUAAGGAUCCCCCUCCUAAACGUUUUCUAAUCCCUACACGUUAUGUCUUAACACCUUGUCCGUGCUCUUGUUUGAAUUUGGAGUACAAUAAGAACAAAUGGAUUAAGAACAUCAGGCUGAAAAUUGGCCAAUAAAGCCCCAUUUUUAUGAGAACAAGAUCAGCCUGAAAAUUGUAAAUUGUUCUUAUAAAAUGGAAAAAGUGUCAUAAUUACAAAACAUAUAAGUUUAUGUUUGCUGUCAGAUAACUUUUCAUUUGUUAAUAUAAUCAAAUUACAGAAUAAUUAUUUAUUUUAUUUUCCUAAAAUAUGCUAAAUAUACCGGUCCUCUAGCAACAUGUUUUGGAUAGUAUUACUAAGUAAAAAUUUAAGAACAUUUUAACAACAUUUUGAGGCUGAUUUGUCAUUAAGCACCCGAUAAAUAAGAACUCAAUCAGCCUGACCUCUGAAAUUGUGUGUUCUUAUAUGCGGGUGUUUACUGUAAUGUUUGAUCAGGGGAAUAAUGAAACUCAGCAGACAACAGCUGAACGAAACGCUGAAAGUGAAGGAGACUCUGAAUAUGAAGAUGCUGAAGAUGGCAUCCUCUCCUCAAAUGCUGACCCUAAUGCUCAGCGACAAACAGACAUUGAAUGCCGUAUAUGUGGAGAAUCAGUAGCAUCAAAGUUCUGCAAAGACUGCAAAGAUACUUUCUGCGUCCCAUGCGAUGAAGUAUACCACAAGCACCGCUCACGUCAUUCCCAUGUUAGAAGUGAUCUGGCCACGCCGACCAUGGGGGCCUCCACAGCGUCAAGAGAAGUACCCACCGUUACCAGUGCUGGAACAGCUGCUGCAGGUGUUGUCUUGGGUACUAUUGCUGCCGUUGUGGCAGCUGGUGCUGCUGCUAGUUCUGGACAGCACACUCUAGGAGCUAACUCUUCUGUUGAAGCUGUUGGUCUCACUAGUGGCAGUAAGGAUUCAAGGUGUGGAUAAUCAUACUUCUGUGUCAAGGCUGUGCUCUAAGAAAAAUUGUAGGGAGCCCAGUGCCCUGAACCUGUGAAAUCCAGGGUGCCCAGCAUAUGAUUUCUAUGAAAAAACUAAGAUUUUCUGGUUGCCCUUGGCAAAAGUUAGGCACCAAGGGUCACUGGGUGUUGCUAGAGCACAGCCUUGAGUAUACUACAGUAAAAAACUGUGUAAAAGCAGCAUGGAAAGAAAGUUGUGUCCCAUAUCCCGGGGCUAGUUGAUUUUGCAACAAGCUAUUGAAUUCUGUUCUUUACUUGUCCCUUGGGCAAGUGAAGGUUUUAGUUUAAGCUCCUAAUAAAUUCAUGUGGAUCAAAAGUUGGUAAACGAAGGGUAAUCUAAGGAUAACCUUGCAAGAUCUUGUAGUCUUAUAAGCCAUGAAAACUAUGAAAUUCUUCCAUUACCCUUCUAACCAUGCAAAAUAGUAUCAGCCCUUGUUGAGAUGUAUUUUACUAGUUAGUAGGAUAACACAGCAGUGAAGGCCAGAGAAGUACCUUUAUUCUUUAAGUCAAAUGUAACUUACAUUCUCAGUUGUUAAUAGUCAUUAGAAUACCAUUGCUUUCUACCAGCACUUACAAUUUGGGUCAGGUGAAGUAAAUUUUAGCAGCAUGUGUUAGUGUACAAAAAAAAGACAACUAUAUAUCAUUUUUCUUCUGGAUCAAUUUAGGUCUCUGGGAAACUGCCAUCUAGCCCUCCCCUAAGCCAACAUUUUGUCUUAAGAGAGAAGUAGGUGUUAAAGUUGGUUUAGUGGAGGGGUAGGUGAGCAGUUUCCCAGAAACUUACAUUGAUCCUUUCUUUUUGUAUGCUGUGAAGAACAAGACCAGUACCUGCGCCAAGACGAAACAAAACGCCACUCCCAUCUAAUCAAGGUGCUGCUUUAAGUGCUCAAGCACCAGAUCCACUGUCUCCAAGAGCUGCACCCACGACUUCGCAAAGACAACAAACCACUGCAUUCAACCCAGCCCAGUCACCAACCUCUCCUAGGAUGCCUGGUGUAUUCCAGCCUGUGGCAACAAGUGAGUCUCUUGUACAAUGUGUUAUGCAGCAAAUAUGUCAAAAUGACAAAGACAUCCCUUGGUAUUGUUGGUAAAUGGUAGGGGGAAUACUUGGAGAAAUUUGUUUGGGUAUUCUGCGGGCCUAUUUGCAGGCCUAUCUGGUAUACUGUAGCGCUGGGAACAUUGACGUGCAGUUAACUGAAGGUUUUUAACCUUCAAAAAGGAAAGGUCUAUGACAGCACACUGUUGAGAAUGAAGUGUUGGUAUUAGCGAGUUUGGCUUUCUGUGAUAAUCUGUUUAUUGGGCGAGGAAAAGGUGUUCAUUGUCCACAUUAACUAGCGUCCUUAUUAAGCAGGUUGAAUUUAGAAAAAAUGUGAGGGCUUUCCCCAGGGACAGAGAAAACUGUCCAUAAUACCGAGGUAUCGACUCUACUUGCUUGUUUGUAAAAAGAUUCUUUCCUUUUCCUUUUAAUUAAUACAAUGAAGACAUGAUUAGGUGCCUUGUCUACAUAGGAAUAAUGUCUUGAACCUUCCUCAGAGGCCAUAAUGAUUGUGUAUAAACAGAGUAUGGCUAUUAUCUCUUCAUGAGCCAUAUAGCAUACCAGAUACCGUGCAUAUAGCAAGCGUGUCUGAACUUUCUUCGAGUCUAAAACUAUCAAAAGUGUAGGUUUUAAACUGUUAGUGUAACAGUUUUCUGCUUCCUCUCAAACUCAGCAGUGACAGGCCAAGUUCAGAACCAAAGAAGAGAAAUACGUAGACCGCCCCCUUUUGCUGCCCAUUAUAACCCCACCGUGACCUCACAAAGAGGAAUGGAUGAGAUAGAUAAUAAACCUGUAGUUAAAAGUAAGUAUUGUUAUAUUACUGUAAAAUUCCGAAAAUAAGCCCCGGGGCUUAUAUUUUUCAAAGGCCCUUUUUGAGGGGCUUAUAUUUGGACGGGCUUAUCUAUGGAGGGAAAGUUGUGUUUCAAAAUCGAUUGGGCUAGCCUUAUAGUUGGAAGUAAAUUUACCGUUUUUGCUUUGUUUUACUUUGUAUUUGUCAAGUACAAGCCCCCUGGGGCAUAUUUGGAGGGGCGAUUUAACGGAGGGUUUUUUGCGUUACUGGAUUGGGGGGCAUAUAUUUGGAGGGGCUUAUACAUGGAGGGGCUUAUUUUUGGAAUUUUACGGUAUAUAGACUGAAUACUCAGAAUAAAAAUAAUAUUAUUAUUAAACCCUUUUCACUUCUAGACCAUGUUAUGGUGAGGUUAAGAUGUUACAUGAGAAACUGGAAUUUUUUCAUAAUUUUUUUCCUUUGGCCACUCUUUGGAGUGAAGUAGUUAUCACCUUUAAUGCCUCUGUUGUACAGAAAAAUCUGAUCUCAACAUUCCUACUAGACUGUAGUUAUCAUGUGUUGCGUCAUAAAAUUAAUGUGAAACAAAUUAAAUAAACAUUUUUAUUAUUGGUUGAUAAAAUUUUUGUACCAGUGUGUAAGGCCAAUAAUUUAUCUUCACUUUUUAUUGUCAGCACAUUUAAAUAGAAAAUUAACAGUUCUCUGGUCAUAGAAAAUGAAAGCAAAGUGCAAAAAAGGUUUUUAUUUUUCAUUCAAAUACCUAAUGUCAUGCAGUUGUGCAAGAAGCAUCAAGAAUUGUGUUCCUGAUUUUCAUGUAAUUUAUCAAGCAUGAGAUGCAGUGUUUCAUCUGGUGAUGAAACACAGUGUCGAACACAGUGAUUUUUGAAGGAGAGAUGAAGGAUGCAAAAACUAGCAGGUUUUCUCUUGAUUUCCAAACACUUAUGAAACAUUAAUUUCCUUACAUGUAGUGGUUUUGUUGCUAUGAGGAGUGUUACUGAUCAAUGUGUGGCCUGAUAUUUUAGUAGUGAUAAAAAUAGUAAUGAUAAUAAUAACAACAGUAACAAAUAAAUUGGGUUUCAGUGAGAUCAUUACCCUUGUGAGUAGCACAAUUCUCUUAUUAAAUCUCUGAUCUUGUCAUUUAAUUAUCCUGUUACAUCUUAUUUGUCUUAACAGGUCCACCUGCACCACCACCAGCACGACCAGCUAAAAUACCAGUAGAAUCAAAGGGACUGACCCCUAGCUCCUCCACCACUGUAGAAACAGGUCCUGCCUUGUCAUGUCCAAACUGUUUCUGCUUGAAUCCUGGUGGUGCAAAAACAUGCCAGUUCUGCAAGAAACCCCUUUCCAUAAUGGCUCAGCAACAAGCCUCAGGCCAGACGGUCAGUCAAACACAGCAGACCCAAGGAAACGUUUUUGUGGCUGCCUCUUCUGGUGUAGGUUCGUAUAAGGAAGAGAGAGAACAAAUCCCACUGUGUUGCUCCAAGUAUAUCCACACCCACCCUGUGGAGAGUCAUUGGGACUUUUGAGGGGGGUGGGGGGUCACAGAAAAGUCAUUUCCAGGGAGAUGGCGAUUGGGUUAGACCAAAACAUUUCCUCCAUUGUGGAGGUAUGGAUAAAAUGGAAACAACACAUUUUUACAUAUAUGUUGAAAUUGCCUUGAUAGCUCUAAAUGCUGAUAUUUGAACACUAACACUGUUAGCCAAAGUAACAGAUUUCCAGAUCACAUGCACCUGUCAUGACGUAUAUCUUGCUCUUACUUGGCAACUUCGAGGUCUGGCCUAAUUUUUUUAACAUUUAUUUAUCACACUAAUAUAAAGUUCAAAUAAUAAUCAGUAGCACUGGAAAUAACUAGCUACAUCACAUGAUAAGGAAUUAGGAAAAGAAGGAACAGAUAUGUCCACUAUGCAAAAAAGGGGCCAUUUUAUGGAAGUGUCUCAACGCUUAUGUUCCUCCAUUGUAGGUGUUUUGAUUUUAAUUUGGUGAUUUUCACUCCUUGUUCUCUUUAUCAAACAGCUGUAGACUCUGACAAGUGGGAGUGUGAACAUUGCACCUAUCACAACCCAAUAACACGCAGGAUCUGCGAGGUCUGUUGUAAAACAAGUAGUAAUAGUCCACGACCUGCAGGAAAUUUACAGUUUGGAGGUGUUGCCCAAGGCACAUCCAGGGAAACUCAGGUAAAGGUUAAUGCACAAUGUAAUGCAGACACUGGAUAGCAAGAACUACAUGGACCACAACAUGGAAUAUGAUUCAGUGAUUUGUACCAGGAAAUAUCCUGUGGAAAUAAAAACACAUUAUUUGUUUUUAGAUAGAUAUUGGAGACUAGUUAUUCAAAUGACUAUCCUGAAUUUUGUUGAGAUAUUGGAUUUUAAAUUCUUUUUCAUCCAGCAUUCAGAACGGCAAGUCAUUUCCUCGCAAAAUGUCACUAACAUGGCUAUGCAUGUAAACAGUCAACAAAUGCAGUCCACAAAUCCGCUAGCCAAGAAAGAGGAUCAGCAGAACUUUCAAGCUGCACCAGUGUGGUCCCCGCCACCACAAACAGCUGCAGCACCACCCCUAAGAAGUACCUUUCCUGCACAGGGAAACCAACAACCUGGGAUGUGGGCGGGAACAGUAACAAGUCCACCAGGUCAACUAUUAUCAAGAUCAUUUGCAGCAGGAGGGAUUGUCACCCAAGGUGGAAUGCAUAUGACAAACACCCAUGGAAUGAUCAACCCACAGAUGCCUGGGAGAAGUGCUUUUCCUACACCAGGUUAUGGUUAUGGGGGAAUGACUGCCACAGGAGCAUUUACAAGGGAUGCUGGUGUCCCCCUUGGUACUCAGGGAUUUCCUCUUCCUCCUCCUCCUCCCCCGCCAGCGAUGGGAUCAACGAGUUCAGAGGUGGGAAUUGAUUUAUGUUGCAUUUAGAGAACAUCGUUUUCUGCAAAAUGUUAGUGGUAACAUUUUUUCCGUUAACAAAUCAUGGGAUGUCAGGAAAGCCCUCGGCAAGUGUGAUUGAAUAUAACAAUAAUACAUUGCCCUCAUGCAUAAUGCAUACAUGCAUACAUACAGUGCUUACAGGUAGCCUGAAGGAUCGAGGGUCAUGAAGUUAUCCCUAAGAUCUGUCCUUACAGAUAAUCCACCCAGCCCUAGAAAGGUUGGCCACACCACCGGGGCCUACCUACGUCCCCUACUCUUUUUGAAGCAGUGGUGUGGGUUCUUUUAUGUCCCACAAGAACAGUUGAAGAGGCUGUGUCACGGAAGUCCAGUUCAUUUUGUUUAAUUUUGCCAAAUCGGCCUUAGUCGCUAUGGAAUUUAAAGUGAGUAAGAAAUUACAUGUAAAUGACAAAAUCAGAGAUCCGAGACAAACAAAUAUGUCUCCUGAACAUUAUUUUUGAAGUUGCAAGCGGCAGGGAUCAACUUUGAAAAACUGUUAGGCUGAACAGUUUUCAAAAAUCCUAAUUUCAAUCCAUUUCAAUCUUCUUCAGUUUUGCCCAUCUGUGACAUCUGUUGUAUCUGUUAUGUUAUUUUAACCUUCCUUUAAAGUUUUAAACUGUUAUUUUUAUGUUUCUCUUAAUUUAACGGGCAUUUUGUAGUUUCCUAAUUUGGCUGAAUUUCGUGACACAGCUCCUUUAAGUGAAAGUGCUGUGCGACGGGACCUACAGUUUUUUGUCCUUAUCCAAGAAGACUAGAAAGUGAUCUAACUGUUUGGAGAGACCAUUACAAAGGCAGCACUUUCUUCUCAGUUAUUUAGACACCAUGAGUGUUUGUCCAGCUAAGGCUUGAACCCAUGACCUUCUGCUCAGCAGACCAGCGCUCUCCCAACUGAGCUAACCAGGUGGCGGUCACGCAAGCGAGUUUCACCUCCUCUUGUUUGCGAACAACAUUCUUCAUAUUUACACUCUUCCUUUUCAAUUCUACUGCUGUUCAUUUGCGUAAAACUAUGCAAAUUUGGUUAAAAUUUUCUUUCUGACAAAAUGAUCAAUAAGGGCUAUUGUUGAUGUGCAGCAUCUGUGAAAUCCUGACAAGCAUUUCAUUGUAUUAAGAUGUGUUAUUAAGAACUGGGUUAAGAGAUGGGAUGUGCUUAAGUUAAUACAUACGGCAUAAUAGAGGUUUAAUACUUCCUCUGUGGGUCAGGAGUCAACAUAAAAUAGAAAAAUUGAUUUAAAUAGUGAAUAAAUAUGAAGUAACAAUUUAAGGUUGCACUUCCACGUAGUGGUUCUUCAUCUACCAUUCCUGGUUGAAUUUGAAUUUGGAAAUGUUGAACUCGUUUUUUGAGGAAUUUCUGGAGAAAAACCUCUUAGUAAAGGAGAGAACCAACAACAAACUCAACCCACAUAUUGCAUAGAUGCUUUAAGGAUUUUGCCUUGUUAAGUUAGAGCUCAAUCAAUAGAGAGUUUUAGAUCCGAGUUUACCGCGAACCUCUAACCGCUGGAGGUCACGUGACAAGUCUUUCGCGUCACGUUUGAGGUUUACGACGUGCGUUUUCAACGUGGGGAGAACGUAUGUCAUUUACCUGAAAGAUUUUAGCGUAUAAAUCUUGUUUUAUCCCACGUAAUGAUACAAAAAUCUUGUGGAGCAAGUCUUUAUCCAUUAACAAAGGCACAAAGUACGGGCGAAAUGCUAAAUUUGAUAAAUUCUAUUGGAUCUUGAAAACAAGUGCCAUUCAUGGCUACUGGUUCAAAAUGGCGGCCGUAAAAUUGCAAGAAGAACUGAUGUAAGAAUUUACAGCUCUUUGCUGCUAGAUAACCCAGUGUUACCGUAAAUUUCUUGUAUUUUCACUGAUUGAUUUUUCUUCUAUUUCUAAGUGGAAAAAUAAACCAGAAUCCACUUCUUUAAUCCACCACCAAUCUAAAUCGAAUUAUGUUUGAACGUUGAACCGCAAACGGGUAACGGCAAACCGCGGUUAGAGGUUCGCGGUAAACUCGGAUCUAAAACUCUCUAUUAACUUCCCUCUACGUCUUGAAAAUCGCUUAGGUUGGCAAAAGUAGAAUGUGAAAUGAUAUUUAAGUGCUGCCAUGGAAGGUUUAAUCUUCCAAUCCUUUCAGCUACAGCCUGGUCGAGAAAGCCAUUACUAAAGCCUUACUCUACUUUGUGAUGGGUCAAAGUCACUACAAAGUCAUGUGACAUAGCAGUUGGCAGCCAAUGCCUUAUUUCUAUUGCAGGUGCCAGCGACAGGGUCUGCAUUCCCCUCUCCCACUGGUAGUUCAUAUCUGCAGUACCAGCAGCAGGUUAGUCCUGGCUUUCCUCCUGCACCUCCAGUUGUGGCAUGGACAGAGCGACCAGAUGAAGCACUGCGAAGACAUCAGGAGGAGAUUUAUGUGUCUGGGUUACACUAUGUUGAAUUGCUGAAGGUAAACAAUGAUGCCAUGAUAGUUCUUUUGCUUUGAGAACUCCUACUCAACAGCUUUUUAGUUUACUUAGCCUUUCUCAAACAUUCAAUUGAGAACCAGGAUUACUGUCACCAUUUGAUUGUCCAUGGGCUCAAUACAUCCAAAUCUUCUUGACUGAUCUCAAUACAUUUCCUUAAAAGGUUAGUUGAGAGACUGUAUUGAAAGAUUAACGCAUUUUCCCCCAGUGACCAUUUCAUUAGUCAUCACAACCUUUUCUCCUUUUGAUGUAUUGAUAUUGUUGCGGGAAAUAAUAAUGAUGUUGGUCUUUUGUGGGACUUGGUCUCUGUCUUUGUUUGACUCACACAAGUGCAGUAAAUCUACUUUCUUUUGCCUUGAUAAACACAAGGUAAUAUUAUUUAUGCCUGGUUUAGCUAAAAGCCUGUGAAAACAGCUGACAUUUCUCGAUCUCACCACUGGUUUCCCCACGAAAUGAUGUCUGAAAAACGAGUGUAGGAAUUCAAUACUUAAAAGCUAUGACGAGUUACUACUCAGAUCUGGCUUUUGAUUGGUUGAAGCAAAUUUCUCUUGUGACACAACCAAUCAGAAGCACUAACCUGGAUAGUGGUGCAUCAUAACUUUACAUAUGGAAUUUCUGCGCUAGUUUCUCAGACGUCAUUUCGCGGGGAAACCAGUGGUGGUGUCAUGAAAGUGCUGGCUGUUUUUCUCAGGCUGUGCUUGCUGUGGGCUCUACAUCUCUCACCAUUCUAUCAAAAUAAUGUUAAGAAUGUUGAGAUAAUAAAUGUUGUGACUAUUUGACCAGGGCUUUGGUGUCCCAUUGGUUUUAUAAUUAUUAAUCAUUCAUGUUUUAUCGCCAUCCCCUAGAAAGGAGAAAAAGAAGGUUUUUCAGCUGAAGAGGUGAACAUUGCAUCUGUUCUUGGCAUUGAUGAUCCCCAAGGCCCAAUUCACUGGCUCAAAACUAGUUGGUACGAUCUGAUUCACAGGGUCAUGGUUGAGCUAGCCAUUCCUGAAAAUUCACAAGAAAUUGGAAAUGUCAGCCCUGAAGAGGUGCGAGAAGCUUUGAUUGAAUGCACUGGAGAAGUGUCAAGAGCAAAAGCGAAAUGCAUCGAAAUCCGCAAGAAAAAGGUGUGAUAUUGUUGUCACAAACCCUUCAUAAUCUGUCCAUAAAUUUUAAUCAAAAUAGCUUUACAAAGGUCUGUAUUGUAAGCCGGCUUGUGAACAGGGCAUGCGAUAGCCUGUGUACAGACGUCCCCCCUCCCUCGGGAAAAGUCGGGAUUUUUCCUGACGGAGGGGGGACGUCUGUACACAGGCUAGGCAUGCGACUGAACAAAUGGUACCCUAGGCAGCAGUAUUGCUGUUGCCUAGCUGUGGUGUAACUAACCCUCCUGUAUCAACUCUGAAGGAGGAAAAAGAAUAAGAUUUUUCGACCUGGAUAUUGUCUUCAUAAAGUUUUACAUGAAAGAGCACCCAUGUAAACGUGAAAAACGUCCCCAGGGAAUAAUGAAUUCUUAAAAAACCUUUAAAAGGAUUAUUUUUAUAAUAAAAAAGAAAGAAAAUAUAAAGUGAGGAACUUUAUUCACUGUUUAGAUGUUGCUAACAUCAUUAUCAAGAGUGAAAACCGUUAAUUAAGUGCCAAAGUUUUGAGAAGAGUCGCGGUUUGAAUAAAUUAGAUUGCUUUCAUGCAUGCUUGAUUAUUAUAUGCAGAUGUCCUGAUUGAAAAGCUUCGGGCAAAUCGAGUGUAAUACAGUGAAACCUGCAUUAAGCGGACACCCUCGGGGAAUGCUGUAGUGUCCGCCUAAUAGAGGCUUCGAUAGAUAACGUCAUAUGAGGUGUCAAAUGCCAUUCAAAUGAACAGUGGAAACAUUUAGAAUAUACUCCCAGAGACUUUGACGAUUUACUUUUAUAUUAAUUUCUUUAUCAAAGUGAACCAAUUGAUCAUAGUACCAUAAACAUAGAUUUCAACUCAAAUUUGAACAAAACAGAUGAGUGAAACAAGCUCUAUACUGUAUACAAGCAAAACGAAAUAGAAAACAAUACUGUACGAUGAAGCUAAUCAAAUAAGUUCGUCAAGUCGUUUUUUAAUGUAAAUAUCGAAAAAUUUGAAGGUUGCAAUUUGGGGCAAUCUUUCGCAUUUCCGGUGUCUGGCUAGUCUGCUACACAGCCGUUUUUAGUGUCGUCACGCAACGCUCCUCCCCACUAAAUGGGGAGGAGCGUUGUGUGACGACACUAAAAACGGCUGUGUAGCAGACUAGUGUCCGGCAUGUUGGGUGGUGGAAUUUAAUUACAAGUGUCCGUUUAAUACAGGUUGGUAACAUUAGAAAUGACUAUUUCAGGUACUUUUUAGGUGUCCGCGUCCGCUUAAUAAAGGUUUCAUUUUAAGUAAAUAAGGGAAAGUAAUUUGGGAACUUCGGCUACUGUCCGCUUAACAGAGGGUGUCCGCUUAAUACGGUGUCCGCGUAAUAAAGGUUUCACUCUAAGCUUGUAUGUUUUGUUUUCCCAGUUGAGGUCCCAGGGGAACUUGACCCUUUGUCUUUUUAUAAAUUAUGCGUAGAUAUGCACAUGAAUACGGCGAAAUUUGAAGAAACAGUUCUCUAGAGUAUUAUCACAUGAUCUGUAUUGGGAAAACAAAACAUACAAGCUAAAGAGGUCUAUUUUAUAUUUAGCAAAGGUUGGAGUUUAUUGGAAACCUCUGAAAUUUAAAUUUGGUGGCUAUGGUUGCAGUAAUGUUUUAAAAAUUUUUUUUAGGUCAGAGAAUUACAGCAGGAAGGAGUAUAUGCCAAAACAGAUUGCAUCUUUGCACUGGAUUCAUCGGAUGGAGACACUCAAAAGGCUAUUCUUUCCCUCGAAAAAAUGUCAAUGGGACCUCUGCUUAGAAGAGUACUAGACAGUUGUCUCCCGGACCAUGCAACUCAAGAAGAUAUAGCAAUGGCUUUGACGCGGCAAACAGAUCAUCUAAGCCAUCACGACAAAGCUAACUUUGAGGCCAUUGUAAAAGACAAAAACCAAAAUAUGGAUGUGAGGAUUGCUUUCAUUUGGUUUCUAUUCCAAACUUAACUUGUGUAUCAAAAUAACAACACUGUUUUCAUUUUUUGCUCACAACUUGCCAGCAAAAAUAACUGGUAGAUGAAUUUGGAUAGUCAUUUCUGAACAUGCAUGUACAAAGAGUAAUUUUGUUAAGACCACUUUGUGGUCAAGAGUUUUGUGAUAAAGUGGUGAAGCCCCAGGGGAAAGGAAGGAUUUACUGGACACGAGAAACGUCUAUGCCUUAUCUCAGACUUGUCUAAAGUACAUAAUACAGUACUUAAAUAGCAGCCGAAGAUGCGUUGGUCUAGCUGGGUGAGAACACAUCACUGCUCAGAAAAACAAGAGAAUAUUUAUUGCUUACUCGCAAACUAUACCUGGCGUAAACAAAAUUUUUGUGCAAUUUCACUGCUUGAGUUUGUAUCGAAACGACCGAUUUCCAGACUACCGGGCAGGACUUUUUUGGCGUCCUGAAUUGUAGCUUGUGUAUGCUACUUUUAUGCGGAAAACCAUAUCAAUCUUUUUCUUGUUAUAGCGUCGCAUUCGAGCAAUUUUGGCUGAAAAAGAUUUGGCCUCUUGGGGAAGAGCAGAAACUGCCAUCAAGUUAAUCGACUUGGAUUUCUCUUUGGAAGAUUCUGUAGAGGCUGCAAUCAGCUGUGGAGAUCUUAAAAGAUGUUUGCGAUAUCUCAAGCAAGAGUGCCCACUGUGCUGUGAAGAAUACCCUAUGAGCCAGGUUUGUUUUUCUAUUAUCAAGGGGGGAGGGGGGGGAAUCCCAUAAAUAGCGGUUAGGUGUGUGCCGCACACGGCUUUAAACCCUGACGUUAUUUAAGGAUGAGAGAAAAAAGGAAUUUAUACCCAAUUUAAGGCCCAAACCCGAAAAAUGACUCCCUGUUCAAAUGAAAAACCAACACUAACAAUUUAAUGGCAACACGUAAACAUUCAUUAAAUCGCGUUCCUAAUACUCUUAAGGAUAGCUUAGUUUUAGCAGAUGACUCCUCAUCUAGCUGGGCAUGCAUUUAAACACUUUUAUAUUUUAGCUGAUACACCAGGAACAUAAUGCCGAUGAAGGCAAUGCUUUUUCUGUUUUUAUUAUAUUUAAUGAUGACAUUCAAUCAUAGUUUUCAAUCGUAGCUUUGAAUUGAAUCAUAGUUACUCAACUCCAGCGUUGUUCUAGACUCGUUGUAAACAAUGCUUUAGGUUUUGGGAGGUCUUCAUUCUUCAUUGGGGGUAAAAUCUCAAGAUGAACAUUAACAUUUUUUCUCCUCAGAUGGUCACACUUCUUCAUUGUCAAGACCGUGUUUGCCGGGAUUGUGUGUCUCAGUACAUCACCAUCACAAUAAAAGACAAAAAUAUUUUGCAUCUUGUAUGCCCGUGUUGUGGAGAACCUGGAAAUCUGAAUGAUGAAGCUGUAGCAACAGAGUACUUCAACAACUUUGAUAUCCUGGUAAAGAACUAAAAUUUGUGGCCAGUAGAAACUGACCUGAAAAUUUCUAGAUUUAACUUGUAUAAUCUUGGAGAUAAGUAGUUUAUGUUUAAUCUUUGGAGUCUAUUAAUUAGCUAAGUAAAAUUUUUCGGUACUUUAGUUUUGUUGUUUGUGUCAUUGAAGGCAGCAACAACAACAACAACAACAAAAGAGCCCAUAGUUUUUCCGUGGGUCAACAAUCCAUGAGCAGGAUCAUGCGCAUUGGGCGCGGAUCUCAUGCCAAUGCUUUGCACCCUACAAAACCGAUUUUGAGAGAAACAAAUGACUGUUUUGCAUUGUAGUCUCACAAUAAUAACAGUUGCUUUGUUAUUGAUUGUGAUAUUUUGACUUCUUUCUGUUGGACUUCGUCAGGCAAUAGUGCAAGGGGUUAUUUAGUAGAAGCAUCUUGUAAUUACUGUCGGAAAGAUAAAAAUGCGCAGCUAUCAUAAUCAAAUCAUUAUAAUGAUGAACAUAACUAUAAACUUGAAAAAAGAAAAACUAGCUGUCAGCCAUGUAAAACUUAACCCUACCCUCCAUCUGUCUCUCAACUAUACCACCUUUAGGACCUUUAAAAUUUAGAACUUUGUACCUCUCACAUUCUCAUUUAAAGCCUUUAUGGCUCGAAGAUUCUGCAGGGGAGAGCAGAAGAAGUGCACCAAGACUUGGUAGCUUUGUAGCUUGUCAGUUAGCGCACAACUUUAGAAUUAAUGCUACUUCUCGAUCUUUGCCUUACAGAUUCGUGGCCUUGUGGACAAAGAAACGCAUGACUUAUUUCAAAGAAAACUUCGUGACAGGACGCUUAUGAAAGAGCCUAACUUCAGAUGGUGCUCACAUGUAAGUUUUUGUCAGCUGUAUAGUGCAUUUUCACCUUGAAGGAUUGUUACGGCUUGGAAAUAUUCAAAAUAGGGAGCUUAACCGACGAAAACGGCGACAGCAACGAGAACGGCCAAAAAGCAAUAGGUUUAAGCUAUGGCUAUGUUCAUGCUGUACUGGGUGACUUUUCUUGCCGACACGAAAAGAAAUCCAGUAUAGUAUGAACACCUAUAUGUGACUUUCCGAUAUGUGACUUUCCACUUUACAGAUUGGCGCGGUGCAGCUUCUCUCUGUUACGACGGGAAAUUGCGCUGAAAUCACCGUUAUUAUCAGGGGCACCCAACGACAGUUUUCUCCAAAAUACAUUGAAAACACUUUUUUAGGCUGUCCAGAGUACUUUUAGAUCACUAGAAAUGCAUUUUAAGCGGCGCUGUAAAGUUUGGAUCUGUUCGGUCAGCCUAGGGCAUGUUGAGUCUUUUCGAAAAUUUCUGAUGCAUUUUACACUUUUACGAAGGUUAGCAUUUUUCUUUUCUCCAUCAUUUGUUUGAAUCCGAAAUUUUUAGGUUUCCUUUUUCUUCGAAAUAUAGCUUGAACUGGAGAGUGAAUGUCAAAAAUUAAAUUUCACAAAAUCGUAGGGAAUUUAUCAGAUGAGCUUUGAAAAUCGUACAUGAAUAGAACGGUCAUUUAGAAAUUUUUAGCCGUCCUCAACCUAUAGAAUAUUCUAGGUAAUCUUUGCUUCUUCGAACAGAUAUUUUUCUGAAAACAGUCGUUGGGUGUCCCUGUCUUAUGUGUGAACAAAAUCCCUAUCCGUUACGAUUUUCGUUUUGUAUGGUCUAACGUAGCCAUUACUGUACUAGCCUACAAGGAAGCUCUCCUAUUUGGGCGAGCGAAGCGAGCCGCGCACGCGAGAACGCCCGAGCGAGCGGCGAAGCUGCGAGGGGCCAAGGAACUUUCGCGUCUCCCCUCGCGUGCCACUCGUGCGUGUACUUGUCACGAUAUCCCCCAAAUGGAAAGCUGGCUCGCAGGCUAUUAUUGUACUUUACUUCUGGUGAAAGGAAGUAACGUGUGAAUGUUUUGUAUUCAGUGUUCAUCAGGCUUCAUAAAUGAACAACCUGGUCAGAUCAAGAUGAUGUGUCCACAUUGUCAGCAAUACUCUUGUUUCAAAUGCAAACGACAGGUAUGAACCAUUUUCACAUUUCACUUUAUUUUGACCUUGAUGGGGCCUUAAUUAUCAUGUGGAUUGGGGCCAAUCAUAUGCUAAAAUCAUAUUUUUUGAGGUCCCACUAGCCUGCCACGCAGUAGCCUGCACUCGUCCCAACUUUCUCGACGAACUCGCGCGAAAACGCUUACUACACAGGCUAGCCACGCAGACGCUCUUAGGCGUUCGUCACGCAAUCAUUCAUCGGCAGAAACGCGUGACGAACGCCUAAGAACGUCUGCGUGGGAGGUUAAGGUCCCACUUCUCUACUGUAGUUAGUUGACUUGAGGAUGUAUUGAUUUGGCUGAAAUUCAAUGUGUUAAUUUACCAAGACGCAAGUGAAAAUCCAGAAAAAUGUUUUGUUCAUUAUGACACGAAGUGCUCCUUUUUUUUCCUUUUAAAUCACAGCCCAUUUGACUAUGUGAGUAAAACAUUUGUUUUUGCAGUUUGUUUUGGCACGAAUUUAACGUUUCGUAACCAAAUUAUCUGUCAGAGACUUCAGAGACUUUCGCCUUCCUUAUUCUUACGUUAUCUUCAGGUUCUUCCACUGCGUCAAUUUUGCCCGUUCCUUUUCCCUUUCGAACUCUUCCCUAUCAUGCUGUGUUUUGGGGUUUAUGUUUUCUCUUUGGUGUGUAAUGGCUUCGCUGACAAGCUCGUUUCGUUAGUGGCCUUAGCUCCCAUGAGUCUCCUGUAACUCAGUGGUAAAGCAUCUGGACUAGUAAUCUUUGCCCGGUUGUUCAAACUUUGGAUAGCGCUAUAAUCCGCCGGUUAAUUACGUUAUCCACUGGAUUGAGAUCUAUCCACUGGAUAGAGUUAUCCACAUUUAAACAACCGGGGCCAGGUUAACUAGUGUAGUUGCUGGCGGCAAGAGGAGCCUGCAAUCGCAAUCUCCAGGUGUUGAUUACGCAUGCGUCGCAUGUAUGUAGCCGGCAUUCGUUUGGACUUCCACUAAGAAUGAAUGGAGUGCACAGGACGCAAUUUUAUCACGCCCGUUUCAACCUUCUACCCCUCGUAAUCUCAUCACGUGUGUUUUGACCAUUUGUCACGUGAAACCUACGCGAAGCACAGCGUCGGAGCAAAAGCGUCUUGACCUUCGACCUUUGUCGCCCGCACUCCGUAACCUUUGGUUGUUACUGUUUACUAGUCCUAGUACUCCUAUCGGGACAAGUCGUAUUUUUCCGUGGAGCCGCUUGGGUCACUGCCGGACUCAUUUCUCUUGUGCCAGUUUAUAUACCACUAUCAUUUGUUUGCAGUGGGAGGAUCAGCAUGAAGGAAUCACUUGUGAACAGUUUGCAGCGUGGAAAGAAGCCAAUGAUCCUGAAUUCCAAGCAGCUGGGCUGGCAGCUCAUCUGAAGAGGAAUGGAAUAGGUAUAGUUAUUAGAGGUCGUUUAUGACUCUUUUGCCACUCACCCUUGGUUUGAGCCUGUGACAUCUAUUAUGAAACUACAGUGGAAGCUUUAUUCAGGGGAGACCCUCGGAGCCGAGUCAAGUGUCCCCUGAAUGGAUGUGUCCUCUGAACAGGGUUGGGCCGGGGUUUGUUAAUAAUAAACCAACAAAAUUUGUUUUAUUCUGCCUUGGAAUCUGUUGCAGUCGUUAUUUCAAGCAGCUAGGUAAUGUCCAAAAAGUCAUGGUAACUUAUCUCUGUGAUAUUGCAUUCUCGCAAGUGCAGUACGUCGACUCGUGUGACAUAGGCUGUGUACACUAAACUUAUCAACCCUCUUUGUGGUCAGUCACGUUUUGAGGGCUAAGGUGUCCCCUGAAUGGAAGUUAAACUUAGGUUUCAGGACCCAGAAAAUUGUCCAGUUCCCCUGAAUAGAGGUAACAGAUACAAACAUUAUGAGAACAUUUUUCCGUUACCAAGUUUUGCGUCCCUUGACUAGAGGUGUACCAAAGGAGAGUUUCAAUUGCACCGAGUCGUUUUCUAUUUAAGAGUCCGUGCAGCCAUAUGUGUAAUGACCGGGUUGCAACUUUCCAUGCCCUUCAGCCUAUGCAUAUCCACUUGCAAAAUUUCCAGACUGAUCUUCAUACUUUUUCGUGAAGAAUUAGUCGAGAGAAUUUGAUGAAAGUUCAAAGCACUUUGUCUUUAAUGAUUAUUGUAUUAAUUCUCGUAAUCUUUUUUCUUGAUGAUGUAUUGAUGUCGUUAGGGGAAAAACUGAUGUUUUUCAUUCUUGGAAUUUAUUUGCUUUUCAGUCUGUCCAGCCUGCAAAUAUCGAUAUGAUCUUUCCAAAGGAGGAUGUAUGCACUUUAAGUGUGCUAUGUGUGAACACGAAUUCUGCAGCGGCUGCUACAAUCCUUUCCUUAAUAACCAUGGACAGGUACUACUAACAUAUUACGCUCACUUCCAAAUUUAAUCGGGUUGAGACAAGACUAGACUGCGUAGCUGGCGGGAUUGUCACGUCAGCGCGUUUUAUACGACGCAGAGUUGCGUAUCCGCGCGGGGAAUGGGGAGAAGACGCUUCCACCAGCUACGCAGGCUAAGACAAGACAGAAGAAAUGUGCAGACAUUGUUUUAUCAAUUUUAUUCUUAUGGAUUCCUCAACUGAUAUUUCUGUCAGCCAAGUGAGUGUUUUUUACUACUUAAACCGUGAAUUUGUCUUCGUUGAUUUAACUGUCUCAUUCUCAACUUCAGCUGUAGCCAGCGAACGCACAGGGGCACUCCACGUCGUUUUCCUCCUAAAUGCAUUGAAAACACGGCUAUCCAGAGUACUUUUAGGUCUUUAGAAAUGCGUUCUAAGCGGCGCUAUGAAAUUUAUAUCUGUUCGGCCAUCCUAGGAAACUUGAGUCUUUUCGAAAUUACCAGGGAUUCAGUAUAUCAUUUUCCCGAAAAUUUUAGAUGCAAUUUAAAGUUUUAAGAAAGUGAGAAUUUUUCUGAUUCCUCUUUCCAUCGAAUUUUCGAAUCCGAAAAUUCCGAAUCCGAAAUUCCUUUUUCUGCAAAAAACAGCUUACCUGGAAAGGGAAAUUCGAAAAAUUAAACUUCAGAAAAUCGUGGGGAAUUUGUUAGAUAAGUUUCGAAAAUUGUACGUGAAUGGAACGGUCAUCUAGAAAUUUUUAGCCUUCCUCAAAGCUAUAGAAAAUUUUAGGCAAUUUUUGCUUCUCCGAACAGAUAUUUUACAGAAGGAUGUCGUUGGGUGCCCCUGAACGCAGAUGUAUUUCCGUUCGGCGCUUCUCUCCACCUGAAAAGUAAGCGAUGACUGGAAAUACGUCUGCGUUCUCAGGCUACGUCAGCAGUGGAAACGCGUCAUACCUCUAUCUUCGAGUCUGUGCAUGAAAUUGUAUUGUAUGAUGUGACGAUUCUGACGAGACCUUCAUUUAACGGCACGACGUUUCCGUUACUUCUUAAAACCAAUUGUUGGGAGUUGUAAUUGUAAACGGAAGUGUGUUACAUAGAGUGCACGUGUGUUCAGUGUUAACUAAUUCUUUUACUUUUCAGAACUGCCGCGUAUCAGAACAUUGCCUUGUAAGAGGAUUACAUGCACACCAUCCACGAGACUGCUAUUUUUACUUGCGGGAUCGCGAUCCACAAGAGUUGCAGAAAUUGUUGCGUGAUAAUAACGCUGUAUACAACACCGAACCACCUGAAAAUCAAGGCAAGACUUGUUGCUUAUUUUUAGCCGGAGUACUCUAAGAAGCCCUGACUCCUAUUAAUUGUCUCAUAUUAAUACUUAAAAAAACGAGAGAAGCUCGGUCACGGGGAGCGCAAGGAACGAUUGGAAAGUUUCCCUCCUAUCUAUCACCCCGCGCGCUAACUAUGCCCCCGCUUCUCGCGUUCAGUUCUCCGCUGUGUUGAAGUUAUAGAGACCUUUAGAUUCGCCUUGGACGAGGACGACUACGAGAACGAGAUUUAACUUUCACCAGAAAAGUUAGCACUGUCAUCUUUAGUGAAGGAGGUUACGCGCUCUCUCGAUCGCAAAAUGAUAGAACUUCUAACAUUUGAUAUCUUGUUUUCGCCACCACGACAUUCUUGCUAAAACUAGUAGAAUGACGACGUCUACCACGUUUUCCCGCCAAAAUGACGCUGGUUCACGCGCGAGCACUACUUAGUAUUGAGAAAAUCUCGCACUCGUAGUCGUACUCGUCUUAGGAUCUAAAGGUCUCUAAUGACUGGGGACAAGUUAGCCAAUAGCCUGCAUUGCAGGCAGACUUCCCACUUGACUGAGACCUCAACAGAGAACUCUAUAUAUUGGGUGUUUAGACUACCUGAGACCUAUACUUAAAUGGUUUUACUUUAGUGGUAAAUGAGAUGAGUAACACUCGUCUCAAGACUAGCAGUCAUAAGUGAGACGGUAUUUUGGAGUUUUUGUAGGUUCUGAAUUUCUACUUGGUUGUCCUGUGUCUAAAUCCUGCCCUAGCCAUUUAAAGUGCAUAGGAAGCGAAACUUCCCAAACUUUGUAAUCUUGUAUUUCAAAUGGUAAAUUUUCGCUUCAUUUGCACUUUAAGCUGCGUAGUUGUUGUCGCCAUCCUCGGGUUCACUGUCUUGUCAUUCUUGCCUUUAAGGGUUCACUUAAGACUGUAUGUAGCACUCUUAACAGUUCUGGGGGAAAGUGCUGCUGCACAGUAAAUGAGUAAUAGCCUUCGCUGUAUACAGACCCUUUUACUGUUCAUUGAAAACCUAACAAGUGUCUUCAGCAAUACCUUUCUGUGGGGCUAAUCAAUUAUUAUUUUCAGUAUAUCAUAAAGUGAUAUAUGGGAUUUUUUGUUUGAAAUUUUUCUAGCCUGAGUGGCAGGCGCUGGUUGUUUAUUUAUUAUUAUUAUUAUUAUUAUUAUUAUUGAUAGAGCGUGCGAGAGCGCGCGCAUCCUAAGAAUUUCUCCCCUCUCCCUAAAAAAGGGCAUUGGAUACCGUUAACUUAUUACUGCUAUCUUUGUACAUGUAUUUAAUAGUCAUUCAGGAAGCCUUUGCUGUGUUAACCUCAUGGCUUCCUCGCAAUUGUAAAAUAAAUUGUGUAAUUUCAUUUAGUGGGAAAUAAGGAAAAAAAACCGUGAGAGCAAAGGCCCUUUGCGCCUCCUUUUUAAGUAGGGAAGACUGUCUUUCCAACUUAUCCAGGAAAAUGGAUGUGCCUGCCUGUGCCUGCAGUGUACUCACUGGAUUAACAAGGAGUUAAUAAAUUUCUUGAUUGAAACAAUUGUAGGUAAUGAUGACUCUGAUGACGAGGCAGCUGGAGCAGCUGCUGCCGCGCCUGCGCACUGUAAGGUUAGUGAGCAGAAAGAGACAGUCAAUGGCUUGGUGGAUGGUGAGUGCGGAGAACAAGCGCCUGCUGGGUAUGCUGGGCUGUGCAGGUUGGUUUGUUAUUGUUGUUGUUCUUGUUUGUUGGUACAUUGCUAUGUUUUGGAUGAUUUAAGGAACCGUUUACCUUUGAAUACGCGCGGGGUUCUCAACAAAAUUUUAUGCUGGGAGGUCUAACUCUCUACCCUUUUAUAUACCAUUUUUCACAGAAAAGGUGCCCUUUUCAUAUACCUUCUAUUGACAAAUGGUACCCCUUUCACAUACCUUGUUUGGAACUUUGCAACCCCUUUAACUGUUGCAAAUGCACCCUCUUUUAAAUAUGAAGGAAAUGUGCAGAAAACAAAGCCAUUUUAGUACAAGUUAAAUGUUUCCGAUUUAUCAGUGGACAACACGAUUUAUUAAGACCACCUCGAAUGUUUCGUCCGUUAGUUGAUAUACAUUAAGUACAAAAGUGAAACAAGCAUACACAGAGAAGUUUACUUUACUUUUAUUGAAUGGUAAUAAGUCAUUUCAUUUGAGCUUUAAUUAUUUUAGUCUCAGAAUGGAUUUUAGUAGAAUUAAAAUUAAACCAAUUAUUAUGGGACAGCUUUUAUUAAGAAUGCUGCAACUAUUUCGUUCUUUAAUUGAUAUUCAUUAAGUACAGCAGUAAGCAAGCCUGCACGUAGAAAUCCCCUUUACGUUGUAAAGAUAUGGAUGAAGUAAUUCAUUGUAUUCGAUCUUUAAUUCUAUUAGUCUCAAACUGGACUGAUUUUUUUUCCACCUAUAGCAAACACUAUAUAGAGUAUCUCGUGAAUUUAGUCAAUGAUAAUUUACUUGAUCCCGCUGACAUAAUGACUGGUGAUGAUCUCAAACGCGUGCUGCAGAGAGGCUUUGUUAAUCUACCUGAGAAACCCAACAGAAUGAACGAUCAACAGUAUCGACAGUUGCUAUUACAAGUGAGUGAAAAUUGUACUUUCUGGAACUGAAAAAGGCGGUGUCAAUUCAGACACAAUAUUAACUCUAAGCCAAAGUGCAAAGAAAAUGACUCCCUAACUUACCGUGAACGAACCUUAAAACUGUUUAAAAAUAAUUUCUGUUAAAAGAUUUGAAAGUUAGAGUGCUGUUGAGGAAUUGCGAAUAAGGUUUCAUUUUUUAAACUCACUUUUGAGAAACCGGAGAUUGCUGUGUUCAGUCCUUUCUGUAACAUAAUUUACUCUUCAUUUCAUCAUGUAGACUAUGAAAGAGCAACUUCCAUUACCUCGAAAACCUCCAAGAAAAAGAAUAUUGGAUGACGAUGAUGAGGUGCUAAAUCUACAGAACAACGAGGAUAACCGUUUGAUUGACAGUGAUGAUGAUGAUGAUGAUGACGACGACGAAGAUCGUGGUCCUGUACAAGUCCUAUGGGAUGAAGAUAUUGAGGAUUUUGAUCCAUGAGAUGAGUAAAACGGUUAUAAAUGUGGAAAUUGCAAGUCUUGAGGAAAAUGUUUAAACAGCAUUUUUAACUUCGUACGAAAAAAAAAAAUUUUAUCUAAUCACACAUAGUUGCUAGAGAGCUGCUGAUAUCGAUGAAAAUGUGAAAGCUGUGAGGGUGUAUUUUGUAGGCUUCAAUUUCAUUCUUGGUUUAAAUUUUAUUUUCAUUUGUUUUGGGUCUGUUAAUGUAUGGUAAUGAUUUGAAGUAAGGGAAUAUAAAAUCUGAACCAAGAAUAAAAUUGAAUCACAACAGAAUGUGAGGCUAUGCCUUUGUUUCUUUCACUGUUAUGCAUUCGAAAGGUUUUAGUCAUAACAAUCAGUCGAAAGGAUUCUUCGUUGUCUUCGGAAAUCAAAUGACUGCGUGUAAAUUUAUUUGUAGGUAGUGAUCAGGACACAACAAAAGAGCUCUGAAGUUGAGUCAGUUAACUGAUAUAAAAAAUUGUCGUUACAGCAAGCUGAUUGUCUAAUUUUCGUGUAGCGCUGAUUUUUGAAAAUCUCAGCCUGUAUUGAUUAUUUUAACAGUAAUAAUAUCAGUGAUCUACUAAGCUCAUCUUUCUUAUUACCACUUAUUUUUUAAAUCGGAGGAAGUUAGUAUUUCAAUCUAAGAAUUUAGUAAGGCAGUUACCAGUCAGUUGAUAAUUACAUUUUUAGUUUCUAGUUUUAGAAUCAUGAUCGUUAUCGUUUGCACUUAAGAAACAGUUUCCAGUUUCCAGCAACAAACUGCUGACCCUCCUUAUUUAGGAUGAUAAGUUAACGUCACUGCACGGUAAACGCACGGAAUAUUAACGAUUUUUUCGAGGUUAUCUAAGAUCUAUGUAAGUCAAUCAGUCAACCGAUAUGUAACUUUGUAGGCAGAGUGUCAGUUAAUCAGCCAUCCAGUCAGUCAGUUAGUAAAGGUAGAGGUAAAUAGUCCUUAUUUUACGUCGGUAGCUCGAAAUAGUCAUCAAUCCUGAGGCUGACUUUGCGCUCAUCCCCCCCCCCCCCCCCCCCCCCUUCUCUCUCUAUCAUGGCUCCUUUUUACGGGUAUUCAAAGCUAAUUAAAGCUACACGGAACGGAAAGAAGUCAAAAGAAGCAGCCUCGUACCCAGGCCAGUUCUCGCUAUCCGAGUUACCAGAGGAGGCUUGGAGCCGUGUGCGAUUACUUUCCCGACAAGCUUGACAGGUGACAUCACAUCCGAAAUCGCCAAGGACGACUGGGAACGAGGCUGCGAAAGAAGGAUUUGUGGUCACACCUGCGAAUCGAACUCGGGACCUCCCGCACAGAAGGCUACGCACUAACCAACUGCACUAUGCUAGUCAGUUAGGUGAUUUAGUUAGUUAGUCAAUCAAUCAGUUACCGAGUCAACAGGCAACGGUAUUUUACAAUUAACAAAAUUAGUGUCAGUCCUAAAACUAAAUAAGUUGUAGCUCACUCGAAAUCAGAUUAUUGGUUUAAAAACUAAUUAUCCGGAAAGAAUAAUGAUCUAAUUGCAAAGUUAUGCUUAUAGAUAACAUUACUAUUUAUUUAAGUUUAACGAGGAUUCUGUCUUCAGCUAUUCAAUUCUGCAGUAUUAAAUAUGUGUUUGUACAGUAAAUUUAGACGAGUUUAAAAUGACAUAGAAGAAGACUCAGCUUUCUUAAGUUUCAUUUUCGAAACAGUUAAUUGAAUAUUUUAAUCCAUAUUGUGAUUUUUAUGUGUUUGCAUAUAACCUGGAAGGGAAUAUGUUUGUUAGCAUUGUACUAUUGUUGCCAACCUGCAUUAGUCCUUUCAAGCUCAUUUUUAUGACAUAUUGGCUUUCAGGUGAACACAACAGCUAUGUUUUAGUAGCUUCUGUUUUUCACUUCUUUGAUGAUCGAUCGAAUGGCGUGCGACAUCCCAUGGUACUUAAAUUGUGGCGUUUUACAGACCGGAGGUAGUUUGUCGCAAGGUACAGUGCGGCGGUUUUCCCCUGCAGUUGUCGCAAGGUACAGUGCGACGGUCUUUUCAGGCCCUUUUCGGUGACGUAUCCAAGACGAAUGGAAAAAAACCUCGCUCGGACCACGUGACCCGAAACGCGUAGGCCGCGCGGAAUAAUGGGACUAGAGACUAGGCAAAAUCCACUCCACUGAUUGGUUGCUUUUAUAUCGCAGGACACAGAACCCGUGAUGAAUCUGCAUCUCAGUAGCUACCAUGACCUCGGGUUUUGAACUUUUUUAUGUUCCCUUGGUUUAUAUAUCCCUCGGUUAACUAAUCUCGGUGAAGUGGUCACACACGAAGAUUUGUUUGUUGUUUUUUUCCCCUUCUUUUGUCAGUUUUCCCGAAUUUAAUGGCCUUAUUUAGUAGAAAAAAGGCUCAGUCAGUAUUAAAAAAGGUACAUAAAAAGUUAAAAAUAACAAAGUGUAAGCCCCCUGUGGGCUGCGAACAUACAAAAUUUUCCCUUCUAAAUCUUCUGUAGUUAGAAUACUGCUUUUAACAGUAGGAAAACUGAGAUUCGACUCCGUAACGUUAUAUGCGUUAUCAGUAUGGACUGUAGUAAAUAACGAAUAUUGUUGGACUAGUAGAUCUCUAUCAAGCAUGUUUUUAGCUAGGGUAGUUUGGAAAUGCUACCACUGUAGCUGAACGCGGGUUAACCAGAAUAGCGUGUUAGGGUUAGUCAGAAAACAUAAACUUAGAUCUCCACUGCCUCUCACAUGUAUAAUUUUGCCCGCGCUGCGAAAUCAGUUGCAAAAACUGAGAAUUUCUUGUCAAUUAGAAGGUAGCUUGAACGCUCAUCGCUAUAGUAUUUCGGAGUCUAGUUUACUAGAGUGAGCGUGUGCUUUGAUUCCUUUAAGACGUCAUUUUACUAAUCGUUAGUUAGGUUCUAGUUUAUUAAAGUUAUUACAUUUAUAAGGACUUUAGACUUGGCAGCGUGCAACCUGGAGCAUUAAUAGGUGGCUGUAUUUGCAUGCUAGAAUGUUUUCUCGAACUUUAUAUAAUUAAGUUGUAGUUUUAUUUAUAGUUUUGAUCAUGUAUGGAAGUAUAUUCUUGGUGUUGGUCAUUUUCGUAAUAACGGACAUUUAAAAAGGCUUUUUGAACUGUAAGCAUUGUUACUUAAUUAAACGGAUUCCGUUAAUCAAAACUCUGAAAACUAGAUUGGGUAUUGAUAAGAAUUAGAGUGCUUUGAACGACAAGUGAAAAAAAAAGUCGCAUAUAAGUUUGCAGGAUUUGCUAAGUAAUAAGUGAAGCACAAAGCAUGUAUUAUAUUGGGUUAAUUAUUUGUAAUAUUUAGAUUUAACUUAAGUAAUCAUCAAUCAAGUACAGUGUAUUAAAGUUUGCAGGACUUGCCUAGUAAUAAGUGAAGCACAAAGCAUGUAUUUUAUUAAUUUUUGAAAUAAAGCGUAAUACGCAACUCUAGAUUCUGUGGUGUUGCCGUUAUUUUGCUGUUGUCGAUUUGAAGAGAUAGCACGCC